AUGGAUAAUUAUCAAAACAAAUCAUCAUAUGAUAAAUUUGAAACAAAAGAAGCAGAUUUGUUACUGCCAAUAAAAGAUGAGGCAAUAGUAAAAGAAUCAUUAUUAAGAGAGAAAAUAGGUAUGCUCCUAUGUUUGGUAUUAUUUCUACUUCAAGCAUAUGCUCAAACAUCUUUUACAGCAUGGUUAAUGGAAGAAUAUGCAUUACACAAUUAUCCAAAUAGUUCACAAUCACAAAGAGAUUCAACGGCAUCACAUUAUCAAUCGAUUAGUGAUGCUUUGCCAUUUGCAUCUAGUUUUAUAGCGUGUCCGUUGAUUGGAAUGGUUGCAGAUCGAAAAGGACGAAAGAUCUUGUGCAUGUUUGUUUUAUUCACAGCGUUGUGCGACUCGAUCAUCACCAUUGUAGGAGUAAAAUUUUGGUUGUUGUGGCCAAUAUACAUGUCAAACUUUUUUGGAGGCAUCAGUCUUGCCAUUGCACCCUUGGUCUUUGCCUACUUUGCUGACAUUACAACAAAGGAGGAGCGUCCAAGUAUCUACGCAUUGAUAGGCAUGUCGCAAGGAAUUUCAGCCUGUCUAGGGCCACUCAUCGGCAUGGGCCUCAUGGCUUGGCUCCCCAUCUACACGCAAUAUUUUAGUUGUGCCUGUCUCGUGUUGGCAAUGGCAGUUCUCAUCCCAUUAAAAGAGUCGUACCAUUUUAGAGAAGGUAUUCGAAUUUCCAGAGACGAUGAGCCAGUUGCACCAGAAGACGCGGCUGCCAAUGGAUCAAGAAAUCCGUUUGUGGCAGUCGCCAGUCUCUUCAAAGUUGGUAAAUUUGUUGGUCUCUAUUCAUUGGUCGCGUUUAUCUAUUGUUUCUCCUAUAUCGAUAGUUUAACAACACAAUAUAAUUUCACCAAUGUAAAAUUCAACUGGGGACCAACUCCAAAUAAUAUUCUUUCUAGUGCCGUUGGUGUUGGUGUUUUCGUUUGGAGUAUAAUAUUAAAUUGGAUAUUAAAAUCUAAAUCUGAAAGAUCAGUUACAAUGUUUGCUUUUUUAGGAGUUUCAGCUUGUCAUCUAUUAUAUGCAUUUUCACAAAAUCAAUGGAUGUAUGCAGUAUUUUUGUGUGUUGGCUCCUUUACUACAUUGAUAUUUAAUAAUAUUCAAUCGACCAUUUCCAAAGCCGUACCUAAUGAUAUGCAGGCUACUGUAUUGGCCGGUGUAUCAUCACUUGGGAGUCUUUCUACCUUUGCAGGAGCAUUGACAAUGGAAAACCUCCUUGCCUAUUUCAUUUCAGGUAAAGCCCCCAUUUACUUUCCUGGUAUGAAUUAUAUACUCGAUAGUGGUGUCAUGUUUUUAGCAUUCCUACUUUCAUUGGCCCUAUUAUUUAUUUAUCCUCGUGGAUGUAAAGAGGAACUUGGUGAACCACUAAAAGAUGACAAUAAAGUGAUUGAUGAAGAACAAGAAGAUCUCAUCAAAGAUAAUAACAAUAACAAUGGUGAAAUAUCAAACUAUAAUUCAAUCAACGAUGAUGAUGAUCAUAAUCCAACAGAUAUUUAUAGAUCAUAA